CAUCGCCACGAUGCGCCAAUGCUCCAUUUUCAUUCUCACUCUGCUAUGUGUCACUGUCAAAGACAUAUCCGGUAGCUGGGAAGAAUGGUGGACGUACGACGGAAUAUCAGGUCCAGGCUUCUGGGGCCUUAUAAAUCCCCAAUGGAGCAUGUGCAACAAGGGCCGUCGGCAGAGUCCGGUCAACAUCGAACCCGACAAGCUACUCUUCGACCCUUGGUUGAGGGACAUACAGUUUGACAAACAUAAAGUUAGCGGUGUCCUCCAAAACACCGGUCAAUCCCUGGUCUUCCGAGUGGAAAAGGACUCCAAGCACCAAGUGAACAUAAGCGGUGGACCACUCUCUUACCGGUACCAGUUUGAAGAAAUCUACUUCCACUAUGGUAUGGAGGAUAAUCGAGGAUCGGAACAUCAGAUUGACCAUCACACUUUUCCUGGAGAGAUACAACUCUAUGGGUUUAACAAGGAGCUAUACCACAACAUGUCUGAAGCUCAGCACAAAUCACAAGGCGUCGUUGGCAUAUCUCUCAUGGUGCAGAUCGGAGAACCAACCAAUAAGGAGCUAAGACUAAUUACCAGCGCCUUCAAUAAAGUUAUGUUCAGAGGUAGUUCAUACCCCAUCAAGCACCUUCCUCUGAGCUCUCUCCUGCCUAACACACAGCAGUAUCUUACCUACGAGGGGUCCACAACGCACCCUGGCUGCUGGGAGACUGCCAUUUGGAUCAUAUUUAACAAACCUAUUUAUAUUUCUAAGCAAGAGAUGUACGCCCUCCGCCGUCUAAUGCAAGGGUCACAAUUGAGCCCCAAAGCGCCUCUGGGCAACAACGCUCGCCCUGUGCAGCCUCUGCACCACAGAACUGUCAGGACUAAUAUCAACUUUAAUAAAAUGGGAUUGCCGGUCAACAGUAACUGCCCUGAUAUGUACCGGAACAUGCACUACACAGCACGUUAUGCACGAAAAGUUCGCACGAAAAAGAGUGUUGCAUGCAAACGAAAGACUGUACCGAGCAAAUGUCAGAAAAAAUAGGUGCAUUGGAUGGACUUGCCACUCAAUGGCCGAGGGAACACAGCAUGCGUUAUCGAAACGCAGAAGACCUGGCAAUGCUCUCACCAAAUUAACUCAAUAUUAUUAAAUAAUAAUAAAAUAGCUGUAAGUAUGUAACAACUUUGUAUUUAUACUUAGUGUAAUGGGAAAUACGUAGUGUAUGGAGUAUCAUAAAAUAUAUACAGUAUUUUAUAUAUGUAUACGUUUAUUAGUUUAUUCAGAUACAGUGGAAAAGUCAUCAUUAAAGAUCAGAAACGUUAGAGUAUAUUUAUGUAAACUUCAAGUACCUUAUACGUAUAUAGAGUGCAUAAUAC